CAUUGAUUCGUACCUUCUCUCUCUCUCUCUCCACCUACGAGCGGUGUAUUGUUUCUGGGCAAACUAUUUAGGGUUCCUCCGAUCUAUAUUUAAUUUGAUCGAUCACUAUCCCUCUUUGAUUCGUCCAAUAUUCGGAGAUGGUGCUGUCGCAGAAGCUCCACGAAGCUUUCAAGGGCACAGUCGAGCGGAUAACCAGCCCCCGCACCGUCUCUGCUUUCAAAGAGAAGGGCGUCCUUAGCGUUAACGAGUUCAUCAUCGCCGGUGACAAUCUCGUUUCCAAGUGCCCUACCUGGUCAUGGGAAUCUGGUGAACCAAGCAAGAGGAAGCCAUACCUCCCAGCAGAAAAACAGUUCUUGAUAACCAGAAAUGUUCCUUGUUUGCGGCGAGCUGCCUCUGUCGAAGAAGAAUAUGAGGCUGCUGGGGGUGAAGUUCUCCUUGAUAAUGAAGAUGAUGAUGGAUGGUUAGCUACUCAUGGGAAGCCAAGAGAAACUAAGCAAGAUGAGGAUGAGAACUUGCCUUCCAUGGAGAAUCUUGAAAUCAGCAAACAGAGUGGCAUUCAGUCCAUUCCUUCAUACUUUGGCGGAGAUGAAGAGGAAGAUAUUCCAGACAUGGCUGAGUUCAAUGAUCCGGACAACCUGAUUGAGACAGAUCCUGCAACUCUUCAAUCUACCUAUCUGGUGGCACAUGAACCUGAUGAUGAUAUAAUAUUGCGGACCCGUACAUAUGAUGUCAGCAUUACGUAUGACAAAUAUUAUCAAACUCCUCGAGUAUGGCUUACCGGAUAUGAUGAGUCAAGAAUGCUUUUGAAACCUGAACUUGUGCUUGAAGAUGUUAGCCAAGACCAUGCAAGGAAAACAGUCACAAUUGAAGACCAUCCGCACUUGCCUGGAAAGCAUGCUUCUGUUCAUCCCUGCAGACAUGGAGCUGUAAUGAAGAAAAUUAUAGAUGUUCUUAUGUCACGUGGAGUUGAACCCGAAGUUGACAAGUACCUGUUCUUAUUCCUGAAAUUCAUGGCAUCUGUCAUUCCAACAAUUGAAUAUGAUUACACGAUGGACUUUGAUCUUGGUAGUUCAAGCAACUCAUAAAUGGCAGGGUUUCAAGCAGACGGGCGUCUCCAUGGGGAAUGGGAUCAGCUUCUUUGUGCAUGUUAGAUUGGAAUUUUUUUUCUUUCCUUUGCAUGUUCAUGAUGGGGAAGCGUCCUUCUUAUUAUGGUAAUUAAAUCCAUGAAUGAAGAUGGUCGCUUGGUGUCUUCCAUGUACAGUUUACUUGUAUUUAUUAGGAAAUAAAGGUUUCUUGAUGGACUAUUGAGUUAUCUGAUGUACCUAAGCAGUAUAUAUAUACUGAUGAACACUCAUUAUUCUUAUGUAAAAUUGCAUGUCGAGAUUUCUCUC